CAGGGAUAAAACAAUUAAACUCUAAUCAUUUCAUUUUUGCCAAUAGUAGAUUUUCGCGCUCUGUCUUCUGCUAUUGUUAAUUCCAUUCCAUUAGUUAAUUUAAAGAAUAUAGUCUGUAACCUAAAUUAAGUUUUAGAAAUUCAUUAUUUGUUACUUUAGAAGGAGCUUGAUAUAAAUUUGAAAUAAUUCUUGAACCUGAAUUUAAUUUACUGUGGAUAAAGAUUUUAUUAUACUAUAAAAUGCCUUUCAAAAAUAUGAAUAUCUCAAACGAAGUUGAGAGUAAAGAUAAUUCUAAUGUCAUUAGACAUGAAUCCACUAAAAAUGAAAAUGUAGCCUAUGGAAUCACCGAUCUGCCUAACAAUGAUGACGUGUAUACGAGCUAUAAAUCAAAUAGUUUUGAGGGAAGUAUUAUUACGCCCGAGAUGUUAAAGGAAGAGCAAGAGUUGGAACAAAAGGCUAUUUUGGAGGAGCAAGAAAUGAAACGCCAAGUUGAAGAGGAAGAAAAGAAAGUUGCUGAAGAGAAGUGCUACAAGCGUUUACAUCUUUUGUUGAGUCGUAGCAGUAUUUACGCUAAAUUUAUGGCCGAAAAAUUGGAGAAACGUGAAUUGAAACAAAAGGAAAAGGAAAAAAGGCAGAAAGCAAAAUUGGAAAGUAGUAGUGCAGGAGAAAGUGAACUGAAACGAAAAUCAGAUGAUGCUGUAUCUUCAUCUAAGAAAAGAAAGGUGCAUAAAACUGAAAUUACAGUAGUUGAUGUUUUUAAAGAAAAAAAUAUGCUCAAUAUUGAGCGUCAGGAAACUACUAAUAAUGCUGAUUUGGAAAAAGGCUGUGUGAAUAAUUUAAAAGAAACUGAUCUAGCAGACCGUCACCCCAUUCUUUUUUAUGGUGGGAAAAUGCGUAAUUAUCAAAUUGAAGGAUAUGAUUGGUUGAAAACUCUGUAUGAACAUGGCGUCAAUGGAAUUUUAGCUGAUGAAAUGGGAUUGGGAAAGACAAUUCAGGCUAUUGCAUUUAUUGCAUAUUUGAUUGAAAUGAAAGUAGCUGGUCCCUUUUUCAUAUGUGGUCCUUUAUCAACCUUGCCCAAUUGGUAUUCUGAAUUUAAGCGAUUCACUCCUGAUAUACCUGUCAUACUGUAUCAUGGUCCACGUGACGAUAGGGAUUAUCUCCUUCGUAAGAUAGCUAAGAAAGUUAAAGUAAAUGAAUCAUUUUCUUGUUUUCCAGUGAUUUUAACAUCCUAUCAAAUUGCAUUAAUUGAUGCCAAAAAGCUCUCUGAAAUUGAUUGGAAAUCCAUCACCAUUGAUGAAGCACACAGAAUUAAAAACUUCGAAUGUAGACUUGUCAAAGCUUUGAAAACAUUUCAUGCCGGUCACAGAUUACUUCUUACGGGUACUCCCUUGCAAAAUAAUUUGGAUGAACUCUGGUCGCUGUUAAAUUUCAUUCUUCCUGAAAUAUUUGAUGAUCUCAAAGUGUUUCAGUCUUGGUUUGAUAUUAACAGAUUAUCUAAAAGUGGGGCAAAUAAUGAAAUAGUUGCAAGAGAGCAAGAAAAACAAAUUAUUUAUACAAUUCAUCAAAUUUUGACACCUUUUCUUUUACGUAGGACUAAAGCUGAUGUGGAGUUGCAACUUCCUGAAAAAAAGGAAAUCAUUGUCUAUGCACCACUCACUGAUUUGCAAAAAAAAUAUUACACAGGUGUUUUAAACAAAACUAUAGCAAAUGAUUUGAGACCUUCAAAAUACUUUGAUCCUUCAGAAGUGCUGACAAAGAGGAGAAAGCCAGUUAAAACCGAAUAUUUUGGCUGUGAAAAUGUGAUAAAUGAAAAAAAUAUUGCCUGUAAGUCAGAAGAAGAGCCUUGGGAUCCUGAUACCUUGGAUGCAAAGUUGAAUCUUAAACUUCAGAAUCCUAUGAUGUGUCUAAGAAAAAUAUGUAACCAUCCUUUCUUAAUCAACCACCCUGUAGUUCCUGUUGGCGAAAAGUUAGUACAAGCUAGUGGCAAGCUUUUAAUCUUGGAUGCUAUGUUAGCUGAAUUAAAAAAACGUGGGCAUAAAGUGAUUAUCUUCACCCAGUUUGUUUCUAUGCUUGGCAUAUUAGAAGACUACUGUGAUUUGCGAAAAUAUAAAUAUUGCUGCUUGGCUGGAGAUAUGACAUUAGAGGAGCGUCAGGAGCAUCUGGAAGACUUCAAAGAUGAUUCUACUUUUAUCUUUUUAAUUAGCACUAAAGCUGGUGGUCUUGGAUUAAAUAUCAUAUCAGCUGACACCGUCAUUAUUUACGAUUCCGAUUGGAAUCCUCAAAAUGAUUUGCAAGCUCAAGACCGUUGCCAUCGUAUUGGACAAACUAAGCCUGUUGUGGUAUAUCGGUAUAUUGUACAAAAUACGAUUGACGAAAGGAUUUUGGAAUAUGCGACAGCUAAAAGGAAAUUGGAGAAGGUGAUCAUACAAAAGGGUCGCUUCACGUCCAAAGAUAUGGCUCGUUCUCAACAAGCGAUCACUCCAGAUGAACUUUUGAAACUCUUAGACUCCUGUGAUCAUGCAGGUUUUGUGAAAACUAAUGAUAAUUAUGUCAUUUCUCCUGAAGAGCUUACUAAACUGUUGGACAGAAGUGAUAUGCAAGGAUGGGAUGAGAAUGUUAAAGGUUGAAUUCUUUUUCGAACAAAUUUUUCAUUUGUAAAUUUAUUAUUUUCCACUCAAAUAUUUUCUAAAUUAAAAAUUAAACUUUAUCUUAUGGAUCAAGUAAAAAUUUACAGACUUUUUAUGAAUUUUUUUUGCUUGUGAUUGUAUUUUAAAUUACAAGUUGUUAUUAAAUUAGUUAAUAAAAUAAGUUAUUUAUUAUUGAUGUUAAAAAAUUUUUCAAAACUGGAAUUUUUUAUUUGGCAAUUGCAGUCAAUUAAUACUAACAUUGUCUUGUAAUUGAAUAUGCUUUUAAAACUUAUUGUGAGACAAU